GGCACGGACUUCGCAAACAGCACGGUAUGCCAUGCAGCCCAAUAACGCCACAGCCUACUAAGACAUGUACCCAACCCCAACUAAGUAAGCAACCCACUGUGGAGGCAUGCCAUUUGGUACCACUGGCAAAGACCCAAGUGGGUAUGUCGAUUAGACGCUGUUGGCGGGUGUGGAGGCCCCAGACCUCAUUAGACUCCAUCGGAUGCUAUUCCCUUGCACAUCAUCGUGUUCCAGAUAAAUGCCUCUAGGGCCGUGCGACAUGUUCCAGACGUAAUUCUAGCACUGCAUUUUCAGAACCUACAAUUGAAGCCUGCAGUCACCCGGGAUAGGAAGCUUAGGGUAGGGAGAUCUAGCAGCCAAAUACAUGAUUUAUUUGAUUGUGGGCCAGGUUCCCCCGCAGUUGCAUGAGCAUCUCUUGGUACAUUUGUCUUCAUGUCUCUCUGAACUAACCAAGCUUGGG